AUGACAAACAUAGCCACUCCUCAAAAGAUCAAAAAAGGACUCUCAAGAAGAUACGUUCCACCUAGUUUUGAUUUAAAUGAUGAAUAUCUGCCUGAAGAUUUCUCCACACCUCAGUUAGCUCAAAGUUUUUAUCAACAAAUUCAAAAUGAUGAAAUUGAAUCAAAUAGAUCAAAUAUCUUAUUACAAAACUCUAGUUUCACUCCAAAAGGUUCAAUUUCAAGAUCAAAUUUAAGAAAUCGAAUUCCAAGUUCUCCAAAUAAUCCUUUUAAAUUGAAAAAAUCAAAACCUUAUGGUCAAUUACAAAAUAUUGAAAAUAAUAAUAACAAUAAUAGCAACAACAAUAAUAAUAAUCCUUAUCUGAAUAGAAUUUUUUCAGAAAAUGAAACUUCAAAUUUUAGUCAAAUUAAUGGUAGAAGAAUUUACAAUGAUCAAAAACAUAGACCUCAUAGAACUACUGAUUACUAUGAUCAACAAACUGAAUUAGUACCUGAUUUACCUCAAAGUUCUUCUUUAAGAUCUUUUUCGAAUUUUUAUCAUUCAACUUCAGUAUCAUCAUCAGUAUCAAUAUCAAAUUCAAAUUCAAAUGAUUAUACUUCAAAUAAAUCUGGUCUUGAAGAUGAAUAUAUUCCAGAUUUUGAUUUUAGUAAUACUAUUCAACAAUGGACUCAUUCUUAUUAUGGACAUGGUGAUAAUAAUUCUUAUGAUUCUUCAUUAACUGAUAGUGUUCCAUCCUCAUAUAUAUCAAGACCUUUAACUCCAGUUGGUCAAUUACAUUCACAAGUUAGUCCUGUUUCAGUUCCAAGACCUUCAAAUAUUUCCACAAAUUUCAAAACAUCAAGUAAUGAUGAUGAUCAAUCUUUAACAAAUGAUGAAGAAUCUGUUAUAUCUAAAUUACCUCAAGAUUUUACUGAUUUACCAUUUAGUGUAAGAAGAAAAUUAUUAGCUGAUUUAUCACCAAAUGGAAAUUUAGAAGCUUUAAAUAAAAUUAUUAAAAAAAAAUUUAAAAAAAAACCAAAAUCUUCUCCUGCUGCUCAAUUUUUAUCAAGUUUUAGUGAACGUUCCAAUAAACAAGAUGAUAAUAUCAUAUUGGAUCAUAAAUUAGGUAGUAUUAUUGGAUUUGGUGCUUGGGGUAUUAUAAGAGAAUGUUUAGGAUUUGAUGGAAUUCAAAGAGCUAUGAAAAUUGUUCGAGUUAAAAAUGAAGGUGCAAAAGAAUUUUUCAGAAGAGAAACAAAUAUUUGGAAUCAAUUAAAUCAUGAAAAUAUUUUAAAAUUAAUUAACGUUAAAGAAACUAAUGUUGCAAUAUUUUGUCUUACUGAAAGAGCUUAUGGUGGUACAUUAUUUGAAAUUGUUUCAAAUUGGGGCACUUCCCCAUCAAAAAUUAUUGAAACUAAUGAAAGAUUAAUUAAAAUACGACAAUAUUGUAAAGGUUUACUUUUAGGUUUACAACAUAUGCAUUUUAAAGGUAUUGUUCAUGGUGAUGUUAAAUUAGAAAAUUGUUUAAUUGUGGAAAAAAAUUCAACAAAAAUUUGGUUAUGUGAUUUUGGUAUGAGUUUAAGAUUUAAAACACCUGUUGAUUUAAAUGAAAUUCCAAUUCCUGGUAGUGGUAAUAAAAUUAGACGUCCUUCAAUUCCAAGAUCUUAUUCAGGUAAUGAUAAUUUUUUUAAACCAAAAUCUUUAACUAAAUUAUAUUCUGAAACUUCUUCAAAUGAUACACAUAAAAGUACUGAUGAUUUAUUAUCAAAACCUUCAAAUAAUAAUAAUAUUCAAAAUUCAAUUCAACAACAUCAUUUAGAAAAACCUAUACAACCUGAACCAUUUGAAUAUAAUUCUAAAAAUAAUAAUGAUUCAAAUAUCCCACAUUCUCAUAUUGGUUCUUUACCUUAUGCAGCACCAGAACUUUUAGAAGCUCAACCACCACCAUUAGGUCCUUCAGCUGAUGUUUGGGCUUUUGGUAUAUUAUUAUAUACAAUGAUUACAGGUAAAUUACCAUUUCAACAUUCAUUUGAACCAAGAUUAAGAGCAAUGAUUUCAGCGGGGAAAUAUGAUACAGAAUGUCUUUUAAAGGCAUGUGAUGGUGAUGAUGCAAUGUAUGAAGCAGUUUUAGGAUGUUUAACUGUUGAUAUGAAUAAAAGAUUUGGACUUGAUCAAGUUUCAAAUUUAAUUAAUUCUUAA